AUGACAUUAGGACUAGUCAUUGUACUUUUCCUCUUGGGGGAACUGAAUGCAGAGUUGGGCACCACACCCAACUUGAAGCACAUUGUCAUUGGACGGUGCUACAAUUAUAUUACUUUAAUCAGUCCCAGUUCCAGAUAUAACUGUGAGGGAAUCUGGAGAGAGUUUGAAGAGGCAGUGGUGAGAAGAACGCCCUGUAGUGUGCGUGUAAAAGACUACAAACGCAUGUUCCAAGCAACUCCACAAACGCUGCCUUGUGACAAGCUGCUGUUCUGGAGUAAGACGCACGAUCUGGUACACAGCUACUCUGCUGCAACACGUCGUUUCUGGACCUUGGAGGACACUCUGGUGGGUUACAUGUUCAAUGACCUCAUCUGGUGUGGGAUGGAGGAGAGAGAUAGAGGAUUCAAUUUCAGUGCCUGUCCUGAAUGGUCUGAAUGUGUGAACCAUCCAGUUUAUUCUCUCUGGAAAAAGGCAUCACAAAACUUUGCAGAAGCUGCUUGUGGCAACAUCACUGUAAUACUCAAUGGAUCCCUUAAAGAUGCAUUCAACAGGAAAAGCAUGUUUGGGGGUGUGGAACUCGACAGUCUGAACCCCAGAAUGGUGACUCAUGUGAACAUCAAGGUGGUGACCAACCUAGAGGGACCAUACAUAGAGUCUUGCACACAGGGAUCCAUUGUGGAUCUGAUCAAAAUCCUCCACACCAGAGGCUUCCAUUGGACCUGUACAGACAAUGACCUGACUCUAAUGAUUCUCCAAUGUAUGAAGAACCCCAAACAAUACUCCUGCCUCACCUGUUCAGACAGCCUCUUGAACAGGAAGAGGCCAGUUCUGUGAUAUUCCACAGCAAUGAAAAUGAGUCAAAUACAUGUCACAGCUACACAUUAGUUGGGUAUAAUAAAAUUAUAAAUAAAUGAAUUGAUCGAUUGAGGAUCUUUGUUUAUAGUUGCCUUGACUCAGAAGACCUGCAUUAACUUGACUGGUAUUGAAACAUUGAAAAAAUAUUGACGAUUAAGUUUGAAUCACCUAUUGAGAAUGCAAGGGAAAGCACUGGUUUAGGACAUGUUUAUGCUGUGUGGAUGUCAGUUUAAAAGUCCAUCUUGGGCAUUGACAGGUAUAUAUGGGGUGCUUCGCCUGUAAUGGUAGAGAUUGUGUAUAUGUUUUUAUGCAUGCAUAGUGCACACAAACAGAAAGACGCACAUAAACACUCAGUUCAUUUACUUACUUGAAAUGCAUUACAUCAAUUUGCAUGUGUUGUUGUGAA